AUGGAUUAUUUCGGUAUGGGUCAGAGUUCUAGGAGGGUUUCGUUGCAAGACGCCCCCCUCCUCCAAACAUCCACACAGCAAGACUUCGAAAAAGACAUCACCCUCAGCAGUUCCGCAGACAGCUCCAACAAAGCCCAAGGACGGACCCGUAUUCUUCGCGCGUCAGAGGUGUUAUUAUCGCUAGCGGGGCGGAGGUCGAUGAAUGAUACCCUAGGCGAAGGGCCAGAAAUUGAGAACUUCCAAGAGGCAUUGCGCCUCUUUCCGCCGUUUCGAGAUGAUGAUGGGUUUAUGCUUGGGGCGGUGGAGGCGAAGUGUCCGGAUUGCGAGGCUGUUUUUCCAUCAGCAGAGGAGUUGGAACAGCAUUACCUGACAAGGUAUUGUCCCGGGAGUGCGGUGGCGGUUUAUGUUAUGACGAGGGAUCGAUUGAUCACCAAAGGCUAUCGGAUGGAAAAGCGAUUGGUUGCGUUUGACUGCCGACCACUACGCUUCUUCUGCGGAAAGUGUGAGCGGGCUUUUGCCAUCGAUGAGACGGAGAGAGUGGACCGGCAUAAGAGAACAACAUCCGUGGCAUGCAAAAACUGCGGAGAAAAGUGCAAUAUCUCAUACGAACCUAUCCUCAACGACCCCCGAGACAGCGGUAGUUUCCGAAAAAUUUCAAUGGACCUGACACCCGCCAAAAGCCCCAGCAGAACCCCCAGCAUUACACCCAGAAACAUCACCCCGCGAAGCAUCAGCCGGUCCAAGGCUCCGUUGUCGAUGAGUCCUAGCGGGACCGGGGAGUUGUUCUUUUCGAAGAAGGCGAGGAAGAUUCGUGAUUCGUGGGCUACUAGGAAACUGGAGCAAGAGGAGGAUGAGCUGGUUGCGAUUAGUUUUGCGGGGUUGUAUGAUUUGGAGAGAGUACAUGCACCAAACGGUGUGUUUCAGUCAAUGGAUGACCAUAUUGCUGAUCCAUUGGGUGGUAUGACCAUGAGUGCGCCUGGUGUACCGCUUAUCGACAAGAAGCAUUUGACUCUUUGCGAAGAGGAGGACCUUCAUAGAGACAUCUCUGUCGACUCACGGGGCGAUCUCUUGGAGGAUGAAUCGCGAGAAUCUUCACUCAACAAGGAACCCAAGAGACACUCGCUCUUCCAGAGACUCUUUGGCCGAAAGACAAAAGGCCUAUCACGCGCAAAAUCUGCCUCAAAUCGCGGCAAAAAACUAAUGAAACGAGUAAACACAGUCCGCUUCUCCUUCAUCUCCCGCGACUCCAAACCCUCUAGCGGCAAAAGCACCCCCCGCUCAACAAUGUUCGAAACCGAACAAGCGCGCCAAGCCCUCCAAUCAAAAGAAAACCUCAACACCCUCGCAAUCCCAGAAGCAGAGUACGUCGACCUACUGCGCGACAGCCAGAACGCCUUCGUGCACAUGCAGUAUCUUUCCGGUGCGGGAGCGGUGAUUGUCCAUGAUGCUUCGGGUCGGCAAAGGAUUCUGCAGAUGGAUGAGGUUGCGCAGCUUUUUCUACAGUUGAAGGAUGAGUUGGCUGCGGCGACGACGUGGUCGAAGACGCUUUCCUGUCGGGUGCGGGGGGAGUCGGCGUUCAAGCAGGGGAAUUUGCGGGCUGCGGUUGUGGAGUAUCAUGAUGCUCUUAGGAUGUUGCAGGAGACGCCGGGGUUGGACAUCGACAAGCUCGUACGAGCGGCACUGCUGCAUGCGCUAGGACAGGCAUACCGGGGACUCAACAUGCCCGCGGAGUCAGAAGCGUGCUACCUCGAGUCAUUAGGGCUGUACAAGCGUGCUCUUGGUCGUGACCACCCAAAAAACUUCGAAGUCCUACACGACCUAGGCACACUCUGCGAGAAAGACGGCUACGCAACCGAAGCCGCAGCACUAUAUGAGCGCUCCUUCGCAGGCCGUCUCAAAGCCCUCGGCCACAACGCCCCCGAAACCCUAAACAGCAUGCAAGACCUUGCCUCCCUCAAAAUCUUCCUAGGCGACUUAGAGUCUGCCCUCCUCUUACUCGAAAAAGCAGUUCCCGCCCUAGACACAGUCUUCGGAAUCCAAAACGGAACCACUCUAAACGCCAUGAACAAGCUCUCCCACUUGUACCAGAAACUGGGUCUCGACAAGGAAUCUCGCACGAUAUCCGCCCGCACGAUUCCCCACUGCAAGACUUUCUUCGGACUGAAUAACCCAGAAACUCGUGAUGCUGUUAUGCGAUACCUGCAGAGCUCGGAUAACUUUGACUUCCCGGCUGAUAUCAAAGAUAUCCUCGAGCAGUACCGUCGCUUGCGCGACCCUGAAUCUCUCAAGGUCAUCCACCGUCUGGGUCGAUCGUACAUGGACGCCGGCCUGAACCGCGACGCAUCGGACCUUUUCGAGAAACUCGUCGACGACUUUCUAGCCGUCAAGGGACCAGAAGCCCCGGAAACGUUCGAUGCACUCAGUGCACUAUGCGUGUCGCGUGAACAUCUCGAUUCCAUCGAGAAGGCUACCCACGCGUACAAGCAGCUAGUGAAUAUGGCGCGAAAAACGCCCGAAGACCAUCCCACGCGCAAGAGAAUCGGCUACGCCGAGAAGAGAAUUACAGAACUCAACCGUCGACGGGAAGUCCUCGCUGCCGAACGGAGAGAAUGGGGCUUGAAUCAGCCCGGCCCAUGCAGGAACUGCAACACACCAACGCCUGUUCUAUGCAACUCAUGCAAAAUAACCCGCUUCUGCAGCGACCUCUGCCACACCGCCGCCAUCGAAGCCCACAUCCCCUCAUGCAUCCCCUCCGUUUCCCUCCGCGAAUCCAAAUCCCUCGCCGUGAAACCCCGCUGUCCACCCGCAGCCCAGGAUCAAGCACUGCUUAAAAUCCGCUGCUCGGACCCAGCCGAUAUCAACGUGCUGAAUAGUUACACGUUUUAUCUUGAUCCAAGGAACUUUACGACCUUUCGGAUGAAGUUUAGGCCCGAGGUUAAUACGAUUAUUCUAUUUAGUAUGGAUUCGGAUGUUAAGUUUGCUAUGGUUGAUGGUGUUCCUGCGCCUGCUGCGCCUACAUCUACACCCGCACCAACAGAACAAGACCAAGAAGAACACGAACACAACCACCUAAACUGGCUAACCCCCACAACCCAAGACUGCAUCUCCUUCAACCCCCGCACCGACCUCCCCACCACCACAACCACAAAUGCCCAAUCCCGCUACCUCCUCGUCACCCCGGGUAAGGAAAUGCUCAAGUCCAUCAUCGACAAACGCGUACACGUGCGCUCCGGCGGCGGCGGCACCGGGGACCGCUUCCGGUCGCUGGAUGUGCCUAGUAUGGAGCUUAUUGAGUAUGCGCAGGGACUUUUGUUGACGGGGUAUCUUGGGGAGGCGUUUAUGUAUGUUAUUGAGUGGGAGUGGAAGUAG